AUGACAGUGAUGGAUCAAAAGCUGAUGAUCUUAAAACGCCAUGUUGUGUUAGAUCAAAGAUAUACUCCGGUGAUCUUCCAUGACUUCCCUAACCCACUGUCUGAAGCUUGUGCGCUUACUCUGGAUGAGACCAGAGGUGAAACAACUAGAGAUUCCAGUUCCACCCUUGCAAAUGUCCAAUCUCGGAAUCCUCCAAACACUACCCAUCCAACACUUCUGAUCUUACAGACUGAACACAAUGGAAUCACAGCAUCUCAUGAAUUUAUUCCUUUGGUGGCCAACGACGCAAAGCUGCCUGAAGGACCUGGACGUUCUGUGUUACCGAUCCUCAAGACACAUUCAAAAACAACCAAACGAGUCAAGGUCAUACACCCUCAUCCGUUUAUGAAGGAUGGACCCGUUGGGCAUACUUCAAUGACUGCUCAAGAUACCAAAGACAAGGAUACAAAACCGCAAAUUCCCAAGACCAUCAGAGCUGCCAACGAGUCUGAUUCAGCAGUGUUGAAAUUCACCAAAAGCCCUGAGUCCAGCAAGAAUCCGCGAAAUUCGCCAGCAGAUGGUAGUUUUGCUGCUCUAUUGCCAAGCUCGACCGCUGUGGGGACCUCAAACAUCAAUGGGCACAAUCAGAACGCUUUCAGAGGCAGUUGCUUCUGUGACAGCAAGACUUCGAUUGGUAGAGCAGAAACAUGA